CAAAAUUCUUAAAAAAACGUGAUGCCUGUUCAAAGAUUUAAUUUGAUUUUGCUCAUAUUUCAAGGUAUUUAAAAAAAAACUUGCAUAAAAACACAACCAGAAAAUGUGGUUUAGGUAUUCUAGUAUUCAAUUAUUUUAUUUGUUUUUUAGGGUUUGCAAUUUUCGUGCUGUGCAAUCAAUUCCAGGCAGAUGACUUGCAACAAUUUGGGACAGUGAAUGGAAAUAGCUCUACAAAUGUAUGAAUUGUGUUUUUUCAAGCGUGUAGUGUCAUAUUUACUUGUUGUGUGAAAUGUUGUGGUAAUAGCAGAUUGUGCAAAUGCAUGCUCCCAUGAACAAAUUAGAUUAUUAGAAAUAUUUUAGGUUGAAAAGGCUAUUUAGCAGGUAGAACAAUAAGACGUCCACAUGCUCAUUACUUAUGUAUAUAGAUCUGCAGAAUGCAUGUUUCAACAUUCAUAGCCUCAUCAAUACAGUGUGGUACAUCUAGAUACAAGACUAGCUCAUUCUCAGAUUUCUCACUGGUACAACAAAGGUACAGCAAAGUUACAUCGGCUCAUCCAGUAUUUAUAAUGAUAUUUUCCAAUCGAAUAUUCUCCGAUAUUGACAUCGUCAUCUCAAUUUUUCAUCUCGGUAUCCAUAGAUCAUUGUCAGAAAUAGACCUAAGAAUUUAAAUCCUUAUCCUAAAAUUAGUCUGUACUGAAAAUUACAUGAUGUUUGACAUUCAGGGUGCAAAUUUUCACUGCAGUGGAAAUAAAUUGCAUAUACAAAUGUAUAGUAAAAACAUUUUCAAAUGUCCAAACAUCAUGAAAUGUUCGGUUUAGACUAAUUUGAGCAUGACGGUUUCAAUUCUGGGGUCCAUGUCUGCCAAAUACUAAGAUAAAAAUCCAUAACGCGGACUCGGAUUGGAGAAUAAUCAAUGGGGCCUCACAGAGUGCUCAAAAACACUGAAUUAAUUGAACGAUCAUAGAUAUUAUAUAAUCUGCAGACAUGCGUUGAUCACAGAAGGCCAACUCAGCCAAAAAAGCAUAACCGUGUCACCACACCAUGAUUUACAAUCAUGCAAUCAUGUUCCUAGCCAGCUAGUGUACUUACGAGAUACAUUCACCUCCCUGAUUGUCUACCAUUUUGAAACUUCAGGUGGUGAAUGCCUUUCAUAAGCACACUGGCUAGGAUGUACAUGCCACCAUCAUUAAUUACCAAAAGUAUUAAACUAAAUUUCUUUAUGCUUUGCAGGAAAUUUUAACUUUAGGUGAGUCAUGAUACUAAAGUUUACUGAUCGAUUGAUUAAUAAUAAAUAAUUGAAUUUGAUUUGAAAGUUGUAAGAAAGAUACAGAUAGAUAGAGUCCUAACACCUUCUGGUGUUUUAUGUUUAGAUGAUGCUGUUGUUAUCCUAAGAAGUCAACAUGAUUCUUUUCAUAAAAAUAAAGCAAAUAUAUUUAAGAAGAAGCUUAAAGAGCAAAUAACUGCAAGAUCUAUUAAGGUAGUUUAACCAAACUCUUUGCUAGUUGGCUGCUAUGUGUAUUUUAUAUGGUGAAAUUUGCAGUAUCCCGAUAUCCACAGGAUACUAAAAUUUGGUUUUGGGUACCAAACUGCAAAUGACUUAUAUCCCAACUGGAUACUCAGGGGGGGGGGGGGUACUAAACUUUGAAUCCUGGUAUCCCAGUUGGAUACUGAGAAAAUAUUUAAAUUUCAGACCCUGCCGUGAAUCAGGGCGGUUGAAAGUUUGCCCAGAAUUUUUUGGAGGAUUGCAAUGAAAUAACCUGAAUUGAACAUAUUUAAUCUGCCCAAAUUUCCAUGACGUUCUAAAGUUGCUUUUUGUUUGGGGGGGCAGCCCCCCCCCCCACUCCCCUAGCCAGUAGGCUUAUAGUGAUUGACACAGUGUAUGUAUAUUUUGUACAGCAUCAAAAUUUUAUCAAACUGUCAAUAAUGUUCAACAUUUAGGGUCAACUCUCAGUCAAAAUGCUUCAUGAAGAUUGGGCACCCUAUGGAGCUUGGACAAUUUUUCCAAUAAUUAAUAUGUGAGUGUGCAAUGCCUUUGGCCAAGGGAAGCCUCACAUAUCGAUUUUUUCCAUGAGAAAUGUCAUAUGUUCGUUUGGGGGUGGGGGUUUGCAGCUGUGACGUUUCUCUGUAAAACAUCAUGGAAAAAUUCGAUAGUUUUUUCGAAAGCCUUAACAUGCUUGUGUGAUGUUACUCUGAGUGUAUAUCCCCACCGGGUAGGCUUGAAAAAUAUGCCUGGCCACGGUGGGAUACGAACCUAUGACCUUUGGAAUACUAGCCUAAUUUGCUCUGCCAACUGAGCUACACGGUCAGGACGGUUCAAGUAAUUAAUGCGGUAUUUCGGGACUGAGUCUAGUUCCUUUUUUUCAAGCCUGCCCGGUGGGGAUAUACACUCAAGCAAGCAUCUUAUUCACCUGAGUACAUCACCUGAGUACAUACACAACACAGCCUUAACAUUCUGGAAUCAUCAUUGCAGAAUAUAAAAAACAAAACAACUUGAUACAAACACCAGUGACAGUGUAUACAUUCGUAAUACAUGUUCUAUACAUUUCUAUUAUUACGCCUUCCUUGCAUUGAAAACACUCAAAUUUCAAGAAAAAUUUGCUAAAAUUGUCAAUAUUUCAUGCAAAAAAAGAAAUUUGAAGAAACAUUGGAAAUUUUGAAGUUCAUAUUAUAUUAAUAAAAAACAUGUGAGCAGAAAAUGACAUAUUCCUCACAGAAGCAUCGCCAAUAGCAAACCGU